AUGCCACCACUUAAUAUCCUCACAAAAUAUACUCUUAUCUUUGUCUUCACAUUAAUUCUAAUAAUCUCAGCUUUUAUCACAAGCAUCAAAUCAUUCACCCCCUUAGAUACUACUACUACUACAACAACUUUCCAACCAAAUGAAUCUGAUUCUUCUUCAAAUGAAAUAAAAUCACCCUUACAAGAUCCUCUCCAAAAUGAUAACAUCCUUGGUCUUGCAAACUCAACUUUAGGAUUCCAAAAAAUCCUCUAUUUAAAUGUCCCAGAUAGAUAUAACCUUGAUGAUACAAUUGCUAUGCAAAGUGUUCUUAGUGGUAUUAAACCAGAACGUUUCUUAGGUGUCAAUUUAAAAACUCUCGAUCAAAAGGGUCUCCCGCCAUCCUCCCGUAAAGUCAAAAUGCAUCCAUCUGCUCAAUCUUGUUACCGCUCACAUGCAAAUAUGUGGCGCAAAAUGAUUGAUGAAAACUGGCAAUCAAUGUUAAUCCUAGAAGCUGAUGCUGUUUGGGAUAUUAAUCUUAGACAUAUUUUCCAUAACUUUGGGAAUGGCCUCGAACAACUUUUAAGAAAACAAGGACUUAUUGGCCCUGAUGAACAUGCUACAAAGGAAGACCCAUAUUUCCAUAAUAAAUGGGACGUUAUCCAAUUUGGAGGUUGCUAUGCAAAUCCAGGCCGUAAAGAAGUUAGUCUACAAUAUGACGAUCCUUAUGCUCCAUCAGGUAUGAAGUUUUUCGGUGACCCUAUUGAGAAAAAUAAACGUGUUGUUAGAUGGAGAGCUGGUGAAGUGUGUACUGUUUCAUAUGCAAUUUCUCAUGCUGGAGCAAUGAAACUAUUACUACGCACUGCUAUCGACAUGAAUGAAGCUGUUGAUAUGGUUUUAACAAUAAUGAUUGAAACUGGUGGAUUAGAUACAUACUCUGUGUUCCCAGUAAUUUUCGAUCAAUGGCAGUAUAAAGAUAAACUUGGUUUGGCAAGCAAAAACUCUGACAUUCGUGGAGACAAGGAUGAUGAAGAAGAUCGUAAGAAAAAGGAUCCAGAAGGAUUUAAAAAGUUAUGGAAUGAUAUUCAUGAAUCCCUUGAUGUAUGGUCCUCACGAUUCCCUGAAAAUACAAGAUUUAAAAAAAAUGCUCUUAAUAAUCUCAAGUCAUUUAUUUUUGAUAAAAAAAUGGCUGUUGAUGACGAGUCCACACUUAAGUCAACAGAUGAACUAGGUAGUUAG